GGCAACCAUGGCGGCGGCGGGGAAGAUCCGGUGGGGCGAGCUGGACGAGGACGACGGCGGCGACCUCGACUUCCUGCUCCCGCCCCGCGUCGUCAUCGGCCCCGACGAGCACGGGUUCAAGAAGACCAUCGAGUACCGCUUCGACGACGACGGCAACAAGGUCAAGGUCACCACCACCACCCGCGUCCGCAAGCUCGCGCGCGCGCGCCUCUCCAAGGCCGCCGUCGAGCGCCGCGGCUGGGCCAAGUUCGGCGACGCCGCCGCCGGCGACGACGCGUCCGCGCGACUCACCGUCGUCUCCACCGAGGAGAUCCUCCUCGAGCGCCCGCGCGCCCCAGGGAGCAAGGCUGAUGAACCAAGUGCGUCUGGUGAUCCACUGGCAGCGGCAAGCAAGGGAGGUGCUGUUCUCAUGGUUUGCAGAACCUGUGGCAAGAAGGGUGACCACUGGACCUCAAAGUGCCCCUACAAGGACCUUGCUCCUGCGCCAGAUUCUCUUGACAGGCCCCCUACUUCCGAUGGACCUCCAACACUGGGUGGUAGUGGUGCUGCCAAGGGAUCGUACGUUGCUCCGAGGUUGAGGGCUGGUGCAGUGCAGGAUGCUGGACACGACAUGAAGCGCAGGAACGACGAGAACUCUGUCCGUGUUACCAAUCUAUCAGAGGACACCCGUGAGCCUGAUGUCCUCGAGCUGUUCCGCACAUUUGGCCCGGUCAGCCGCGUGUAUGUUGCAGUGGAUCAGAGGACUGGAUCAAGCAGGGGCUUUGGCUUCGUCAACUUCGUCCACAGGGAGGAUGCUGAGAAGGCUAUCAGCAAGCUCAAUGGGUAUGGUUAUGAUAACCUUAUCCUCCAUGUGGAGUGGGCAACACCCAGGCCUAGUUAGUUACUAUAUCUACUGCAGAUAUCCCAUAAGUAUUUUGUCAGUAUGUUUGAAUUUUUGUCUCAAUAAUUCUAAUGGACAUGCAUGACUGAAUUUUGUGUGAGUAUUCAGUGUAUGAGCUGAAACUGUGUUUCUGACCUUAAGGUUUUGAGAAGUGUAUGAGCUGUUUAUCUAGGUGAUAAUCUAAAAUCUCCCAAACUGUA